AUCAUUCGCAGCUUUACUGCGUUCACGAUCAGUUGUGGUUUCAAGAGCCUCAGCUUCAAUUCGUUUGUGUCUUUUUUCGGUCGCUAAGUGUAUUGUUUUCUUUUUUUAUUCAUGUGAUUUUGUUAAUUUAUUUAACAACGAACAAAAACUUAAUUAAUUAAAAAAAAAAAACGAUAAGAGUGACAUAAGAGAUUUCUCUUCUACUCGUACAAAAUUAGACAUAAUCAAAAUGUCGCGACGACUUCUAGCCAUCGGGUUGUGCCUUUUGCAAAUUGCAAUUCUAGUCCAGUGCAACGGUCUGUACUCAAUUAUUGCACCAGGAACCCUGCGAUCAAAACUUAACUACCAUGUAACAGUAGCCGUUCAUGAUGCUCCCUCACCUUGUAAGAUAAAGGUUGGUCUUAUUGGUCCAGAAUUUGAUAAAUCUGAAACCGUUGAAGUUGCACCAAAAACAUCAAAGCUUGUUAUGUUCCAAAUACCAAAACUCAAAGACGGUGAUUACAAUUUGACAGCCGAAGGUUUAUCAGGCAUUGAAUUCAAAAAUACAACCAAAUUAAAUUUUGCUGCUGAACAGCUAUCGAUUUAUGUUCAAACAGAUAAGGCCACUUACAAGCCAGGUGAUUUAGUCCAAUAUCGAGCUUUAGUUUUGGACGAAAAUACCAGACCUGCUAAGAUUGAUGGACCUGUCAAAAUUGCUAUCAAUGACGGAGCACAAAAUCUUAUCCAACAAAAGAAUGAUGUCGAACUCACCAAAGGCGUUUUCGCUGGGUCAUUACAAUUAUCAGAAUUCCCAGUUCUUGGAAUGUGGAAUAUCGAAGUGAGUGCCGAUGGUACAACUGAGACCAAGUCUUUCGAAGUUGACAAGUAUGUUCUGCCUAAAUUUGAAGUUCAAGUUGAAGCACCCAAAGAUGUAGCAAUUGUUGAUGGUAAAAUUAUGGUUACCAUAAGGGCAAAAUACACCUAUGGAAAACCUGUUAAAGGAAAAGCUGUUGUAUCUUGCAAGCCUUCUUACUACUACUAUGGUGAUGACUCUAAAACACCCUCAGCUGAAAAGACAGUUAACAUUGAUGGCAAAGGUCAUGUAGAAUUUGACAUUGCUGAAGAUUUGAAAUUGGACAGAGAUCGUUAUACACCACCAAUUACUAUUUUGGCCAUCGUUGAAGAGGAACUUACAGGAUUGAAGCAGAACUCAACAGCAACGGUCAAUUUACACCGUGAAAAGUAUCAAAUUCAAGGUGUUGACACUCCAUACACUUAUUAUCCAGGCAAAACUGUCGCAAUAACUGUCGUUGUAAAGAACCUCGAUGGAUCACCAGUUCAAGACACUAAAAACGAAGUAACCCUCAAUGUUAGCCCACCAGACCACUUUUACAGACCAAUGCCCAUUGCUUUGACAUCAGAAGAUAAGGAAGCAUCAAGUGCAACAACUCUACCACCACCAGUCAAAUCCAAAAAUUACACUUCACCCAUAGACAAGAAUGGUAUGGCCACCUUUCAAAUUGAGCUUCCGGAAGAGUCAUCAAGUUAUUUCUCCGUAAAGGCUUACUACCAGGAUUCAUCAGCUUACAUAACAUCUCUGUCGAAAUAUGAAAAAACCGAAACUCCAGUUGAUGAUUCAUUUAAAAUUAUUGUACAAACAAAGAAUCCUGCUCUUGGAAAUGACGUGAGCAUUCGAGUACAAAAUGGAAAGCCAAUUCCAUACUUUUCGUACACAAUCUUAGGUCGUGGUGAUAUCAUUGAAAGUGACAUUAUUGAGGUUCCUGAAAAUCGCAACUACCAUGUCUUCAAAAUCACACCGAAAUUUGAGAUGAUUCCAACUGCUAAAAUCUUCGUUCACUAUGUUGAUGGUAACGAUCUCCAAUACACCGAAGAGACAAUUAACUUUGAAAGGGAUUUCCAAAACUCGAUUUCUAUUGAAGCUCCAGUUGAAGCCAAACCUGGUGCUGAUGUUGAAAUUAAGGUUAACACCGAUCCUGAUUCAUAUGUUGGUUUACUUGGUGUCGAUCAAAGUGUGCUCCUCCUCAAGAGCGGCAACGAUUUAAAGAAGGAUACAAUCUUCCAAGAUCUCAGCCGUUACGAUUCUAGUACACCAUGGUCAAUGGGCUAUGGACAAUAUCCCGGUAGCCAAGCUGGUAUUGUAGCAAUGACCAAUGCUAACUAUCCAUUCUAUCAAAUUAGAAGAUUUCCUAUUUGGCCAAGAUUUGGAUAUGGCACAUCGACUUUUAUUCCACAACAAAUGCCAGCACCAAUGGCACAAGCAAUGGCAUCACCAAUGUUUGUCCAAUAUUCAUCUGUUUCCACUCAGAGAGUUUCUUCAGCUCCAAAAGUAAUCAAAACUCGUAAACUAUUCCCAGAAACAUGGAUGUUUGAGAACAUGGUCAAAAUUACCGACGGAAGUGGACUCACAUUGAGCAAGAAAGUUCCUGACACCAUCACAUCUUGGGUUAUAACUGGAUUCUCGUUGAAUCCUAAAACUGGUUUGGCCCUUACCAAAGAAGGAACCAAAGUGCGAACCUUCAUACCUUUCUUCAUUUCUACUAAUUUGCCAUAUUCAGUUAAACGAGGGGAAGUAAUUUCAAUUCCUCUGGUUAUUUUCAACUAUAUGGACAAGAAUCUUGAUUGUGAAGUAAGUCUUGAUAAUUCGGAUCGUGAAUUCGAUUUUACCGAAGCAACCAACGAAGUCACUGAAAGCGCGAGUGAAGAUGUAAAUCGUACCAAGACUCUGACAAUUCCAUCGAAUAGUGGACAAAGUGUUUCAUUUAUGAUUCGUCCCAACAAAGUUGGACCAAUUAGCUUGAAGUUCGUUGCUGUUACUCCAAUAUCUGGAGAUGCUAUUCAACAGACUCUUAGGGUCGAACCCGAAGGUGUUACGACUUAUGUGAAUAAGGCUAUAUUUUUGAAUUUGAACGAAGAGAAGGAGAAGAAUGUUAAGGUUGAUAUUGCAAUUCCUGAGAAUGCCGUCGCAGACUCUGAAUACGUUGAGCUGUCAGUUGUUGGAGACUUGCUUGGACCAACUAUUAAGAAUCUUGAUAAAUUGGUUCGCAUGCCAUACGGAUGUGGAGAACAGAAUAUGGUUAACUUUGUGCCAAAUAUUUUGGUUCUUAAGUACUUGACGGCUACAAAUCAGCUUACUGCUGCAAUUGAAGAAAAGGCCAAGAAAUUCCUUGCAAUUGGCUACCAACGAGAAUUGGAAUACAAACACGACGAUGGUUCGUACAGUGCUUUCGGAAAAUCGGACAAGAGUGGAAGCACCUGGUUGACAGCUUAUGUUGUCAAGUCAUUCCAUCAAGCUAUUCCUUACACCGAUAUCGAUCAGAAGGUUAUCGAAGCUGGUCUCAAAUUCCUCGCUGGUACUCAAUUGCCUAGUGGAGAGUUCCCAGAAGUCGGCAAGGUGAUCGAUAGUUCACACAGUGGAGGUUCCAUUGGUUUGUCUGCCUAUGUGUUGUUGGCUUUCUUGGAAAACGUUGAAUCGGCUGAUAAAUAUAAGGAUGUCAUUGAAAAGGGUUUGUCUUACUUGGAGAAGGAAUUGGCUACAUCUGAGGAUCAAUAUUCGUUGGCUAUCGCUGGAUCAGCUUUGCUUUUGGGUAAACGAAUUGAAUCGGCUGAAAAGAUCUUUGCUAAGCUCAAUAGUUUGGCUAAGGAAGACGGUGAUCGUAAGUGGUGGUCAAAGACUGUUGUCUCCGAUAAGUCAUGGUAUGGACCAGUUUCAGUGGAUGUUGAAAUGACCGCAUAUAUAGUUUUGGCUAUGCUUAAGAAGGGAGACGCCGAAUCAGUACUGCCCAGUAUUAAAUGGUUGGUAUCGCAGCGUAACAGCAAUGGAGGAUUUGCAUCAACCCAAGACACCGUUAUUGGUCUUGAAGCCCUUACCAGUUUUGCUCAAAAGAGCGGUUCUGGUACAGGACAAAUGAAGAUUGACUUCACAGCUGGAAAGGAUGAUUCUGGUACCAUUGAAGUUACCCCAGAGACUUCUUUGAUUUUACAAACACAUGUGCUUCCAAAAACUGUAAAAGAAGUUGAAAUAAGUGCCAAGGGAAGUGGUUCAUCUUUAGCUCAAGUUUCAUACCGCUUUAAUAUCGCCGAAAAGGAUAGCAAACCUAGAUUCAAUGUUAUGCCAGUUGUUAAGAAAUUGGAAAAUGACCAAUUGAACUUGAUGGUUUGCACAGAAUUCGUUCCAUUGGGAGAUGAAAAGGUCUCCAAUAUGGCAGUGAUGGAAAUUUCACUUCCCUCAGGAUACACCGCCGAUUCUGAUAGUUUUGACAAAAUAAAGGAAAUUGAAAGUGUGAAGCGUGUUGACACAAAGAACGCCGAUUCAAUGGUCAUUGUCUACUCCGAUGGUAUAACUUCCGAACAACUUUGUGUACCAAUUGAUGCUAUCAAAUCCCAUGCAGUUGCUAAGCAAAAGCCUUCACCUGUCAGCGUUUAUGAUUAUUAUGAUAACAACAAACGCAGCACUGAAUACUACGAUGUCAAAUCAUCUUUGUGUGAUAUUUGCCAAGAUGUCGAUUGUGGAGCUGGCUGUGCGAAAAAGAAUAAGAAUUUAAAUUAAAAACAAAAAACAAAGAGAAAAAUGACAGUUGUUUUUUAAGUUGUAAAAAUUUAGACGAGAAAAAAACACCAUAAAAUAAAAAAAUAUUCUUUUGUGCCUAAGAUUAAUAAUAUUUGACGACUUGACGAAAGUUAAACAUAUUUUUUAGCUUUCGAAAUCUGGAUCUUGAUAUUUUUUUAUACUAUCUAUACCUACUAUUUGUAUGUACGUGAAUACUUAAAUUUUACAAAAUAAAAAUAAAAAUGAAAAACAUUUAAAAUUA